AUUCCAUUUCCUUAUUGGUUUAUUGAUCUUUCAGCAAUAUGCAGCAGAAGAGAGAGAGGGGAUUAAGCAUAAAUGUAUGGAAACUUCCGCUCCGCUUAGGCUCCUUUUUUUUUUGGGGGUUUCUUCAUUGUUCAUCGAUCAAUAUGGGGUUGCUUCUAUCAGCAAUCAUGAGUCCAAAUGCCAUCAUUACCAUAGAGGAGAAUCCAUCUCUCUCUCUCUCUCUUAUAGCGCAUACCCACCAGCCCACCACAUGGAUAAUAGCACAUCUAUAUUUAUAGCAACUUCCACAUCCCACUCUCCUCCCAAUUCUCACUCCUUCUUUUACCCUAAUUCUUGUAGAACAACGAGCGACACUCUAAGAACAUGUGUAUGAACAGAGUAGAAAAGUUCCCAUCUCCUCCUUCCUUCCCUGCAAAGAGAAAGCAACGAUCAAAGAAACCUAAGGUUCAAGUUCUUGGACUUUCCAGCAGGAGAGGUUGCCAAAAAGAGGAAGGCGAGGAUAUGGAGCUAAAGAACUUGAAGCUGUAUUUGGAGAACCAAAGUAUUGUUGAAGAGAACGAGAAGUUGAGGAAGAAAGCAAAUCUUUUGCACCAAGAAAACUUAGCUUUAAUGUCUGAAUUUGAAAAGAAAUUCCCUCAUUUGGAUCGCUUCUCCACCACCCUUUCUCUUCUACAUAAUAAACACUAAUAUUUAUGAGAGAAGGCAGAUUAAAAAAAGAGAGAGAGAGAGACUAUCUUCACUCUUUAAUUUCUUGGUUUUUUUAAAAAUAUAUCUUCUUCUUCUUGUUGUUCUUCUUCUGAUGAAUUAUGUUAAUAAGAUGUAAUGGGCUUGUUAGAAGUAGAUGUUGCUAUUAUUAUGAUGGUAAAUGAUGAUGAAAUAUUUGUACACCAACUAAAUAUCAAUUAAAUGAUUCUCUCUAUUUUAAUUUUGGAA